UUGAAUCAUUUCAAUGCUAUGAUCAACAUCAAAAAUCGACACGCCACUUAGAAGUCAUCCAUAAAGGGUUGAGUUACAAGCUCCAAACAGAACUCGAAAGAGAGUACUUGCUGUCUUUUAUAAAUAAUACUUUGUCACAAGAAGCAGGAUCAUUUCUUUGGCGCUAGAACCAUUACUUUGGCUCUACAAUUAUUCAGACAUGUUAUUAAUAACAAACAAUUGAAAUUGAUUAAAAGAUUUAGCGGAACAUAUCAGUCCGAUCAAGUCAUUCAAUGGUACACGGGGCACCCCUUUAUCUAUAAACAAGUUAAUCUUGCAGAAUAUCAAGAGAUUAAAGAGUAUGAAACUGCGCUAACACUUUGUCGUGGGGUAAGAAUGUCAACUGAAGAAGUUAAAAAAUUAAAAGAAAAUAUUGAUAACCUAAUAUCUGCAAAUGGGUUUUUAUCUACUAGUCUAUCGAAAGAUGUUGCAUUGAGGUUUGCUGGUGCUGAAUCAGACAAGGAACAAAGUGUUUUAUUUGAAAUUGGUUGUAAUUUAGCAACAAAUAAUUUGUAA